AAUGUAACCACAUGUGGCGGUUCAAAACUUAGCACCGGCUCCUGUUAUUUUUUUUAGAUUUUGGUUGUGUUUAUGUUUCUGUCGACAUGCACGCCGAAAACCUACGAUGGGAAACACUAGAGGCCUUAAAAAACUCACCGAAGGGAAAACUCUCGUUCGACCCGUAUUGGUCUGAAAGAGGCGAGGAUAUUCUGGCCGGUUAUAAUGAAGCCCCCAGUCUGUCCCCGUACUCCGGCGUCGUUCUGGAGCGUCUGGGAUCCUUGUCUCUGCAGAAGUCCUGCUUCGCAGCCUCCAGCUCCGGGGACUCCAGCCCAGGACUCUCUGAUGAGAUCCCAGCCUCGAUUUCCUCCACAGGAUCCGUUCCAAGUAUCACAGGCAUCGGCUGCGUGAACGGCGUCCAAUCAGCAGCUGAGCCUGAGCAGGUCGUCAGUAAUGAAGCGAACCACACAGAUCCAGAAGCUGAUGUGAGCGACAUGUCAGGUCUUCCGUCUCCACCCGCCAUCUCCCUGCUGUCGCCCAAAGCCAUGGAGAUGGCUGGACGCAUCAUCAGGUUUGAGGAGGAGAAACGAGAGCAGGCCAAGAUGGCGUUCAGGCUGCGGCAGGAGCAGCAGGAGAAGCUGGUGGCAUCGGUGGUGACGUCGGAGUCGGAGCAGCUGAAACGCUUCGAGGAGUUCAUGGAGCUGAAGCAGAGGCAGGACUUCCAGAGCAUGAGAGACAUGAUGGACAGAGAAACAAAAGAGAGUAUCGGGCGUCAGGAGAAGCUGAAAGAGGAACAACGACACAGAAUGAAGAUCCUGAACCUGCGGCUGAGGGAGGCGGAGCAGCAGCGUCUCCGGGAGGCGGAGCUUGAGCGGCAGCGACAGGCGGAGGGCAGGGAUCGACGCCGAAACCUCAACACCAUCCAGGAGGAGAUCCUGCAGCUCAACCAGCUCCUGGAACCGUCCACCCAGACCAGGACAGACCUGCCCCCGUCCAGCCUCAGCUCCUACAGCACCAGAGGGAACCAGCUGUGUUCGCAGGUGUCCGAGGUGGUGAGGAAGACGGCUGAGGGCGAGUUUCCCAGCGUGGACGACAUGACAGCAGCAGAACGAGCCCUCCACGAGAUGAGGGCGCUGAUCCGGCUGAAACAAGAGGAGGUGGCCAAGGCUCAGGAGAAGAAGAAGGAGCAGGAGGAGGAGGAGGAGCGGAGGAAGGAGGCGGAGCUACGGGCGCAGCAGGAGGCGCAGAAGAAGGCGGAGGAGACAGCUAAGGAGAAGGCAAAGAGGAAAGGGCUGCAGACCAGUGCAGAGGACAGCACUCUGAAAUGGUACAAAGAGCUGCAGGAGGCGUCUGCUCAGUGCGCUCAGGCCUUCGAACAGCUCAACUCCUCCAAAGACAUGCAGACAAAGAAGCUGAAGUUGGAGCUUCAGAAAGCCGCCACCAUCCCCGUCAGCCAGAUCUCCAGUAACUCUGGGUCGCAGCUCCGUGAAAUCUUCGACAAGGUGGACAAGCUGCUGUCGGGGCGGGCGGUGGUGUCCGGGGGCAGGUCCGUCUCCACCUCCCAGCAUCCGCAGGCCCUGGAGUUCGUCAGCUACAAACUGGCCGAGAAGUUUGUGAAACAAGGGGAGGAGGAGGUGGCGUCUCACCAUGAGGCCGCCUUCCCCAUCGCCGUGGUGGCGUCUGGAAUCUGGGAGCUGCACCCUCGGGUGGGGGAGCUGGUCCUCGCCCACCUGCACAAGAAAUGCCCCUACGCCGUCCCACAUUACCCCCCCAUGAAGGACGGAACCGCCGUGGACGACUACCAGAGGAUUCUUGGUUACCGUGUAGACGACUCUGGGGUCGAAGGUCAGGACAGUUUCCUGAAGAGGAUGUCUGGGAUGAUCCGCCUUUACGCCGCCAUCAUCCAGCUACGGUGGCCCUACGGCUCCAAACAGGGGCCCCUCCCUCACGGUCUGAGUCACGGCUGGCGCUGGUUGGCUCAGAUGCUCAACAUGGAGCCUUUGGCCGACAUCACGGCGACGCUGCUGUUCGAUUUCCUGGAGGUCUGUGGGAACGCUUUAAUGAAACAGUAUCAGGGCCAGUUCUGGAAACUCAUCCUGCUGCUUAAAGACGAGUAUUUCCCCAGGAUUGAAGCGGUGACCAGCAGUGGACAGAUGGGCUCCGUCAUCAGACUCAAACAGUUUCUGGAGACGUCGCUGCAGAACCGGCAGAUCAGUCCACCUAAAGGCCAGCUGACCUCAGUCUUCUGGAGGUCCUGAUGGAACCUGAACCUGGUGUUUUGGACCAAAGCCAGCAGAUGUUCCAGCUCUGAAGGACACGUCUGGACGGACAUGUGAGUGUGUUUUAAACCGUCUGCGCAGGAGGCGCGUGACGGACACACGUUUCAGUGAGAAGCUUCAUCAGAGGCUUCGAGGAACGCAUGGAUCCGGUCUAGAAUAACUCCUGUGGGGGUCGUCAUUGGGACUGCGUUUGCUUUCCUGCGCCAAUCAUGCUCUGCACUGAGACACAAACGUCUUUUUUUAAAGUGCCUGGACGCUGUUCAUGUCAUGAGUUUCAGUGUGGUUUUUUUUUUUUGAUGAGACACGGUGUGUUUUCCUCCAGAUGACGUUAAAUUCCUCACCGGAUCGCUGCUGUAUUGUUUUUAUUCAUUCGCCGUUCGAAUGCAAACCACACAGACGCUGAACCUGUUGGAUAUUUAUUUUUUUUAAUGAAUUCUCCACGUGAAAACAGGAUUAAUCCACGUAAAUGAACUUACCUCGGACUCAAAAAUAAAAGGUUUGGAUUCUGGAAAUGACUUAAACGAAACAUCAAAAAUAAAAUCAACCCAGUUGG